AUGAAAUUAGUGAGAUUUUUAAUGAAAUUAAGUAAUGAGACAGUUACUAUAGAACUUAAAAAUGGUACUAUAGUACAUGGAACAAUUACAGGUGUUGAUAUGAGUAUGAACACACAUCUUAAAACUGUUAAGAUGACAGUAAAAAAUAAAGAUCCAGUUAAUUUAGAUUCUUUGAGUAUUAGAGGCAAUAAUAUUAGAUAUUUCAUUUUACCUGAUUCACUUCCAUUAGAUACAUUGCUUAUUGAUGAUAAUCAAAAGGCUAAAGCUAAAAAAAAAGAAGAGUCAAUAAAACAACAACAACAAUAA